CCCUAAAGGUCUGAUCCUAGAAUCGCCCCUGGGGCGUGCCUGUCUCAAGCUGCCACCUUCCACUUCUGCCGUGCCGUCGCUGCACUCCCAGAUGGUCGCGACGCUUUUGAGGCGUUGACUGAACUCGAUCCUCGCGCAGAGAUGAGUUUCUACAGUGAUGCGUCUUCCGAGGACUCGAGCGAGCUGGAGACUUUGGGGUGGUACCACUAUGACCUGUCGCGCCAUGCUGCUGAGGCCCUUCUCUUGUCCAAUGGGACCGACGGAAGUUAUCUCCUGAGAAACAGUAAUGAGGGACCGGGCUGCCUCGCCCUGUCUGUCAGGGCGAAGGAUUCUGUCAAGCAUUUCCACGUGACGCGCAAAGACAACGGCUACGCGUUUGGGUUUAACGAGUACGCAACCCUUCAAGACUUCGUCAACCACUUCGCUAACCAGCCUCUGCUUGGCAGUGACACAGGAACCCUGAUCGUGCUGAAGUGCCCGUACCCGUGGCGUGUGGAGGAGCCAUCCAUCUACGAGUCCGUGCGAGUUCACACGGCGUUGCAGUCGGGCCGCACAGAAAACGAUCUGGUGCCCAAUGCACCAUCGCUGGGCACAAAGGAAGGCUAUCUGGUGAAACAAGGAGCUAUUGUGAAGAACUGGAAACAGAGGUGGUUCACACUCAACAGAUAUGAACUCAAAUACUUCAAAGACAAAAUAUGUGAGGAGCCCAUUCGAACCCUGGAUCUGAGGGCCUGCUCUGCAGUGCAGUUUGACUACUCUCAGGACAGAGUCAACUGUUUCUGCCUUGUGUUUCCUGAGAGGACAUUUUAUCUUUGCGCAAAGACGGGUGUGGAGGCAGAUGAGUGGAUCAAACUCCUGAGGUGGAAAAUGUCACAGAUAAGCAAAGGUCGAUGACUGCUGUCAGUGGGACUCCCUGGAGAUGGAAAGAAGACGUCCCAGAUGCUCUGCUGGAGGAACAAUGAAGAACAGCACCGUUGAAAACUGAAGAGUAAACUCCAGUAUGAGUAACACUGGCACACAGUGUUGUGACUGGAGGCUAACUACUUAUGCUUAUGAUAGGCCAGAGAUAAGCGGAAAUGGAAGAGGUCUUACUUUGCUGCUGUUCUUACCCAGAGCAUGUUUGUUCCUAGUGUGUUUAAUAUGAUCAUUUUAAUUUAACAACUAUUUACUUAAAAGGAUGUUUCUUUCUUCAAUUUAUAUUCUAUAAAACCAAAAACCUGUGUCUCAAUACUUUCUGACUUCCUGUCCUUGGCGCUCAGCUCCAAGCCCAUUGGUUCCUACUGGUGAGGAAAAGGCUCAUUGAUAUAUAGUUAAUAGCAACAGCUGGCCACUUUUCUUUGUUAGCAAACAACAGUUAAACAGAAGGGAAAUUAUGCAUUUCUUGUCUUAUUUACUCUCUGUCGUUUGUUUUAUAUUUCCAGCAUCAAUGUGUAUGUGGGAUUGACUAAAAAAUAAACUACAGUGCGUGUGUUCAUGGAACAUGUCACCCAG